UGUGUAACAGUCGAACGAACGCGGGCGCGUGCAAUUUCUGAAUUCAUUGUUGUGGUGUGACAUACGGCUUAACCGACACAUUGCGCUGCUGUUGGAGAGUCCGUUUGAAAAUUCAAAAUGCUGCUCAGGCUGCUGUCCAUAUAUGGGUGCCUCAAUAUGGCCUCGGCCGGAUAUGUUUCCGUGCAGUUGCCCUACAUGAAUCCUGCAGGUAUCAAUUACGUUAGUGGCCAAACUCACCUUCAGUCCGGUUUGGUGGCCGGACCAGUAGCUGCGGCCAGAUAUCCCGCUACCGUAAGCCACCAUGGUGUUCAAGUUGUAGGCAGUCCAUCGUAUUAUUCGUACAACUUACCGAAUCCUUUGUAUGGCUAUGGCGCUGGACAUGUGACUCCUGUGGUGUAUGGAGCAGCUUCUAAGCCUUCGGUUGUUACUGUAGCUCAUCAACCAGUACAGCCAGUUCAUACCGUUCAAUCCGUGCACCCUGUUACAGUAGCACAUCAGCCUGUGCACCCUGUCGUUACUCAAGUACACACAGCAACUGUGCAACCGGUUCACGUUCAAACUGCAACCGCGAUACCAGUUCACUAUCCUGUUUCAACAAUUGCAACUCCUGUUUCGACCACUUUCACUAAAGUUUACACUAGAGAGGAAGACUCAGUUUCAACGCAUACUGAAUCCCCACUUCCGGUGAUAAAAUCAAGACGAUACAAAGUCCGACGUCCAGCUAUCCAGAAUCACUUCUACGACAUUGAGGAACGAGUUAUCAUACGGCCAGUUGGCAGUGCAUUGGUAGAGCUCGAGCAACCCAUUUCCAAAACGGAAACUGGUGUCAAGACGCAUGUUGUACAAUCUUCUUCGGAACCCGGUAUCCAUGAUGUUGGUCAGGGACAUUUCGUUACAACAAAAACAAGUGUAACGCCUAAACCUCCAUUCAUCAUUUAUCAACAAACACCGGUCCACCAGGUUCCAGUUGUGACACCAAGCAUCGUAACAACGAAAACAAGUGUAACUCCAAAACCUCCGUUCAUUAUCUAUCACCAAACACCGGUUCAUCAGGUUCCAGUUGUAACACCAAACCCGGUCAUCGUACACGCAAGUAACACUGGACACGUUUUGCAUCAACCGGUUCCGGUAGUUCCACAAGUUCAAACGCCUGUCUACGUAAAUCACGCUCAUCCUGUCUACGUUCACGUGGACAACGUCCCCACUAAUACAGCUGUUUCUACGGUUAAACCAGUUUAUGCUUCCACUGUUCCAACCACUUCAUACCCUACGACAACGGAAAGCAGCUACGAUUACGAUGAUAGCGUAGUCGUUGAAGCACGAAGCGGUGAUCGUACGGUGCAUGAAGUAACAUCAACAGAAGGGCCAGCUAAACUGUACUCUGCAAACAAUACAAGAAGUCAACAAUCGCUGAAACCAACACGAUGCGAUGAAGUGUUAUUAGAUGAGCUACCGAACCGAGGAGAUAUUACAAUCACAUAUGCUACUAGAGCUACCCAUCAAAAUCAAGAGUACGAAAACGAAAACAUUACUGACAGUACAGAUUCUACCGAGGAACCUGCUAUUCCAUCUAGUACUUCGAAUUCGUUGAAUGUUGAAUCAAAGACCACCUCAAAUGUAAGCACUCAAUCACAGGAAAUCAAAGUUGAAACUCGCCAACAAACGAAAUCCAAAUCCAACAUCGAAUUCAGUGAUGAAGUUUCCGACCGCAUUAUAAUUUCCAACAACGGAUCCCCUGAAGAGGCCCGCUCCAAUCAGGAACAAUUCAUUCGGCUUCUUUCGGAACGCGAUUCGAUCUCCGAGGUAGGAUUGGGGCCUAAAGGAGAAACUUCCAGCAGUCUUAUCAACGCCUACGUGCGAAGUCGAGUUCUUUUGGCAACACCCGCUCCCCUGGGCUCGAAAGAAUCCAGCCGGACAGUCAACAUCCGGCGAAUCAUCGUCUCGCGGCCAGUAGAAACGGAACAAGAAGUCGAGGUGCGAGAACAAGCUUACCCAUCCUACGGCUUCGGGCAUCAAGUUGCUUCCAGCACUGAACAAGUUCCCGUCUACACCCCUUCGAAGCCGCCGGCUUUCGCUGACGACGACAGUAAGUGAGUUUGGCCGUUUAACUUAUAGUAUAAUAAAGUUUUGUUAUUGAAAGCA